GGGGCUGGGCGCCAGUGUGCUGCGGAGCAGGCCGCAGCCGGCAGUCUGUCUUUCUCUGUCUCUCGCGGCGCUGAGACGCUACUCUCUUUAUUUUUUCAUUCCCUUCAUUUCCCUCUCCUGGGUCUUCCGUCUCUUGUCCUCCCCUUUCCCUUCCCCUCUCCCUUUCUCCUCCUCCUCUCUCCCUUUUUCUAGGUCGCUACGGCGGAGAUGCCGCGCGUCUAUAUCGGCCGCUUAAGUUACCAUGUGCGGGAAAAGGACAUCCAGCGCUUUUUCAGCGGCUACGGCCGCUUGCUCGAAGUGGAUUUGAAAAACGGGUAUGGGUUUGUGGAAUUUGAGGAUUCCCGGGAUGCAGAAGAUGCCGUUUAUGAGCUGAACGGCAAAGACCUGUGCGGGGAGCGGGUGAUCGUGGAGCAUGCCCGUGGCCCCCGCCGGGACAGAGAUGGCUACAGCUACAGCAGCCGCAGUGGUGGAGGAUAUAGCAGUCGAAGGACAUCGGGAAGAGAUAAAUAUGGACCACCUGUUCGUACAGAAUACAGAUUAAUUGUUGAAAACCUUUCCAGUCGCUGUAGUUGGCAGGAUUUGAAAGAUUUCAUGAGGCAAGCUGGUGAGGUCACUUAUGCGGAUGCUCACAAAGAACGUACAAAUGAAGGAGUAAUUGAAUUCCGUUCUUAUUCUGACAUGAAGCGAGCUCUGGACAAAUUGGAUGGCACAGAAAUAAAUGGGCGAAAGAUCAGGCUGGUUGAAGACAAACCACGAUCGAGCCAUAGACGAUCUUAUUCUGGGAGUAGAUCAAGGUCACGUUCUAGAAGGCGGUCACGUAGUAGGAGCCGCAGGAGCAGCCGCAGUAGAUCUCGUAGUGCCUCAAAAAGCCGAUCACGUUCUAAAUCUAGGUCUCGAAGCAAAGAUCGUUCACGUUCAAGAUCUAAAAGUAGAAAGUCUAGAUCAAAGAGCAAGUCUAAACUGAAAUCUGACAGAGGUUCACAGUCCCGCAGCAGAUCUAAAGAAAAGUCUGAGAAGUCUCACAGCAGAUCUAGGUCUGUGUCUCGAUCACCCAAAGAAAAUGGUAAAGGGGAAGCAAAAUCUAAAUCAAGGUCAAGGAGCAGGUCUCGUUCCAAUUCUCCUAUGCAGCACCAACCUGCAAAGGCUCAUUCAGAGUCUCCACCCAAAAGAGCUGCAUCGCGGUCUCGAUCACAAUCACACUCAAAAUCCCGCUCACGUUCAAGAUCCAGUUCACAAGAUUAAAACUGGAACUUUCCUCUUAAUAAUGGAACAUUUAUAUGCCAGAUCAGAAGUCUUUUUUUAAGUUAGAAUUGAGGAAGCUGGCCUGUUCUACUGCAGAAAGAAAUUGCUGGAGAACUAAGUAAAUGAGGCAAAGAUUUUACGUACCUCAAACUACCUGAAAGGUUGUACAGAAGUGGCAGAGAACAGGAAAUGGUCCUCUUUUUGUAGAAAUUAGGGUAAAUCUUUGAUUUCUUUUUUUAAAUAGUGUCCCAGCAAAAAUAAUAGUUGCAGUGGAAGAUGGGUUUUAUAUUUAAAAAAUGACAAGAGAAGGCUUUUGAAAAGUAAUUUUUCAUAAAUAGUUCCAUUAUUUAAAGAUUAUGGAAAUUAGUUUAAUGGGCUGUGGCUUGUUUCUAAAAGUGCAUGAAAGCCUUAUGGAACAGGUUGGAGAUGCUUGUAAAGUUGAAAAAAAGUCAAGCCAGCAUUGAGUUUAAAUUGGAGUAUUUCAUCUGUGCUGUACUAUAACUUGCCAAAAGUAACUUCUUUGCUCCUUUCUCACCAUCUUGAACUAGUAUUGAUUACCUAAUAAAAAUGGUCUCUAACUUUG